UAUUGUCUGUGACUGCUGCUUAAAUGUGACUGAGAAUCUCUCUCUGAAGAGAAUAGUCUAUUUAUUCCACUAUCACUUCAUGAGGCUUUUUAUUCGACUAAAUUACAUCUUUGAAGAUAAAUGUAAAAGUUAUAAAUCAGUGGCAAUUAUGAGAAGAGAUUGGCUGAUUUCUACACAAUCCAAUAUGCCUGCCAUUGUAAACCUGCUCUUCAACACGGUCUCCACCAACACCACCAUCUCCUUUUCUCUGGUGCUGCCUCUGGUCAGCAUCCUCUCCCUGCUGGUAGGGGUCGGAGGUCACCUGCUCAUGUGGUUGGUGUUGAUGCGUAACCCACGGCGUCGUUCAAAGCCCAGCUCGGUCCUCCUGUUAAACCUGAGUUUUGCUGAUCUGUGUGCUCUACUCACCCUGCCCUGUGUGCUACUAAGCGCUAGCUCUCAGAACUGGCAGCUGGGAGGAGGCGUUUGUGUGUUGUUGAGCUUCAUGACCUCCCUGACUGCUGGAGUGGACAUCUUCAGCCUGGCUGCCCUCUCUGUGCUGCGUUAUCGAAUAGUGGCUCCCUCGACACGACCCCCCGCCACCCCUGCGCAGGUAGCUGGCACCGUUGCUGUUAUCUGGCUGGUUUCCAUCGCCAUGGCCCUACCUAAAGUCACGUACAUCCAGUUUGACAGUGGCUGCACGUGGUCAGUGGGCCGCGGUCACUGGCUGGGCUUCCUCGUUCCUGCAUUUCUGGUGUAUUACGUGGCUCCUCUACUCUGCAUCGCCCUGCAUUGCGGGCUCAUCAUCACACACCUAUACCGCUGCCGGGGCACUCUAGCCGCGGACCACCGCAAUAAAAAAGCCACAGCCCUUCUCAUCGGCUCCACACUGGUGUUCGCCAUCAGCUGGCUGCCUUAUUACGUACUAGAGUUUGUCAAUGUUUUAUCGCCGUCCCUUAAUUCCAUCAGCUCAACCGAAAGCCCCAUCUCCAGCUCCACCGCCCCGUCGCCAGCGUCAAAUACGGAGGUGUCUCUGCUGUGGGAGGUGGCCUCGCUGUCUGCCAUUCUUCUGAUUUGUCUGGCACCUUGCUGGAACCCGCCACUCUACUUUCUGCUAUCUAAGCCAGCCCUGAGGCAACUGAGAGGGCUGCUACCCAUCAUGCACCAACACUGGAGAGCUGCUACCUUCCUACAGCACAUAGUGCCAAAACACGCUCCCACACAGCCCCACUCACAACCUGGGUCUCAACACGUUCCUCAGCACAUACUAGCAGCAACGCACCCACAAUGAGAACGCGUGCACUCAGAUCGACAUACCUGCUUCACAGCAAAGCACACCCACACGCAGGCACAAAGUACACACACGCCACACACACAAUGACAGGUAUUUUCUGCCAGAGCAUCCUCAUCCCUCUCAUGCUGGCUGAGAUUGUGAGUUGCUUAGUAACACUACAGAGAGGAACAGAAACAUAAGACCAUGGACCUCUGCAUUUAUGGCUCAGCAUCACAUUUUACAAUGUUCCAGCACGCCAGCUGCUCUCUUCCCCUCUCUCAAAAUCUCUCGCUCACACUAAAAACGUAUCACGGCAGAUUUUUAUCACCAACUCGGUCACGCUCGCACACAUUAGCGUGUUCUCGACGACAUAUGUGUUCAUUUUUAAUUCGCUUGUUUCUGAUCGCUUGUGCGGUGAGUAAUAGAUUAGAUUUGUGUGGGCUGGUACUGUAUAUCAGAUAGAUCGUCUAUAAAGGCUAAAUGUAGUGCGUUUGAGUCUCGCUUGCUGAUCAUUGGUGUUAUGAAUCAUCGAUAUGUGCUGUUUUUUGACAAUCAUUGUCAGCCUUAUGUGAAAUGCAAUGCACUGUGAUUUCGGAAAUGGGAAAAGUAUAUAAAUAUUUCCCAUUAAUGACAGACGCAUGACUGAGAGAACUCCGCAGCUCUCAGAACUGUGUCACCUGCGGAUGAGUCAUCCUACUUCACAAGAUUUUUUUCAUUCUCUGCUAAUAUUGUAGCCAGUGUAAUAAAAUGUGGAUCUGAAUUGAUCCGGCAAUUUUUCUCCUUGAAUUUCCAUUCCCCAUGCUCCUCCCUGCUAAUCAGUUCAUCUCUUUUGCCUGAUCUGAACUGAGAGGAGGGAUAAAAGAAAAGGAUACAGCAUACAGAGUUGAAAAAGAAAUACAAGUGUUUCCUUUACAAAAACAUAUAGGCAGAGAUGGAGACAGAUGCUAAUACCAUGGUAAUUUGAUAAACCAAAACCAUUAGCAUGGCAUACUGUAUGUCCCAAAACCAUAUAUUAGCUAGUGCUGUUACCAUUAACUGAAGCUAAAACAAUUUUUAUUGUAAUAAAAAUAAAUUAAAGCUAAACCGAUAUAUUACGAAAAAUAUUAACUAAUACAAAUGAAAA